GAGAAUAACACUCCCGCACACGGUUGUUUGGAAUGAGUCUGCGAUGGCCGCCAUCACUCUUCGACGUGUAGCUUGCGAAUCGGCCCGUGCUAGAUUUGCCUCUUCCUUGGCCCUGCGCACUACUUUCUCCCACAUCUCAGAUGAAUCUUGUGUGGACAGGGCGAUACAGAAUUUAGAGGAGCACUUGAGCCGGGGUCGAGAUUUCGACGAUAGUCUGGCGAAAUGGAAGUUUGCUGGGUUCCGGUCGCCCCGGAGGCCUCUCGGCUCUGAGCGAGCCUGGACUGCAUCCGGAUCGACGGCAAGUGCGUGUGUCGGACUAGUUCAGUCAAGAUCCUUUGCCGCGAAGGCGAAGAAGCCAAAGAGCAAAGCUGAAGAUACCGUCGAAGUCGCAGAUGUCUCAGACACAGCCAAAGAGAGUGCGCUGAAGAUGAUGGAUACGGCACUAGACGUCCUUGCCAGGGAGCUCUCGAAACUGCGCACUGGCAGGGUCUCGCCGGGCAUGCUAGACCACAUUACAGUAGAAGCCCAUGGCGUGCGGACCCCUCUCAGUCACAUUGCCGCAGUCUCCGUAGCUGGACUUCAAACUCUGAACGUCCUUCCGUAUGAUCCGUCCAUGUUGAAGGAGGUGGAGAAGGCGUUAUUAAUGUCGCCACUCGGGUUGAAUCCAUUGGUGGAGGGUUCUACCCUCACCGUUCCUCUUCCAAGGGGCCUCUGACAUGCUUGUGGUUGCUGGAUGGCGCAUGAUGAUGAAUUAUCUACGCGGUUAAGCGCAGGUUAACCAAGGAGCACUGUGAGUCUAUGUGCAAACUUGCAGCGAAGGCGGGUGAGAACGCCAAGCUCAGCAUAAGAAGAGCAAGAAAGGAGGCCCUAGAUCAGGCGAAAGCCGCUGGAUUGUCAAAAGACGAUACAAAGAGAUUUGAGAAGGAAAUUGAGGAGUUGACGAAGAAAAGCGUAAAAGCUAUAGACGAUCUGUGCAAGAAGAAAGAGAAAGAUAUAAGAGCAUAGACAGAAUAUAUCAAUUCCCAAUACACACUUGUGCAACUCUUGAAGUCAAUCAUCAUUGAUGAGAAAGAGCAUAGAUGAAGAAGAGAGGCAAUUCAGUUCAGUGAAUUGAGGUAGGCAGGCUUUCACAAGUAGCCAUCCUCCUGCCUGCGUGCCUCCCUCUAAGAGUAUAGGACGUAGGUCAGCACCAGCAUGCUCGCUCGCUUGCUGAGGAAGCAGCAGCAGAUGAAUGAGCCGCCCGAGCUCCGGCCCAUCACGCAGGUGAGGUGAGGGAAAAAGAAGGAAGGAAAAAUAUGUAAUCAGUGAAAUAAAAGACAAUUUUUGUCAACCGUUAAACC